CAAACCCGGGUCAUCGGUGUCUCUCCUAUGUUGCUCCACCUGUACUUUUUGAGCAAACUCAACCAACGUCAGUAUUCUGCAUUUGGAUCUCGCAAUUCGCUCGGUCGAAUUUCGGAGAACAUUCCGCAGCGCAACUCUGCAGUUCUCUGUCUCGAAAAGGCACCCUUGGCCGCGAGCUUCAGGUAGCUAUAUCAGUCUAUCACUAAAAGUAAUCAACAACUUUUAUAUUAUCUACUAAUAAUCGAGUGAGAAAGUCAAAGAAAUGGCGGUUGUUGCAGUUCACCAGUUUGCCCAGUCCAUUACUUGCCAUGCUUGGAGUCCCGAUAAAUCUAUGAUUGCACUUUGUCCCAAUAAUAAUGAAGUCCACAUUUUUAAGUCAUCACAGGACAAGUGGGAGAGGGUGCAUGUACUCCAAAAGCAUGAUCAAAUUGUCUCCGGGAUAGAUUGGAGUGCAAAAUCAAAUAGAAUUGUUACCGCAUCUCAUGAUCGAAAUUCAUAUGUCUGGAAUCAAGAAAGGGCAGAGUGGGUGCCAACCCUUGUUAUUCUCAGGCUAAACCGCGCUGCACUUUGCGUUCAAUGGAGUCCAAGAGAGAAUAAGUUUGCUGUUGGAAGUGGGGCUAAAACUGUUUGCAUAUGCUACUAUGAGCAAGACAAUAACUGGUGGGUCAGUAAACUUAUAAGGAAACGACAUGAUUCCUCUGUGACAAGUGUUGCCUGGCAUCCUAAUAAUAUUCUUCUUGCAACAACAUCUACAGAUGGAAAAUGUCGAGUUUUUUCCACCUUUAUAAAAGGCGUUGAUACAAAGGACUCAAAAACUGGCACUUCAUCAGAUUCCAAAUUUGGGGAGCAAAUUAUUCAGCUUGAUCUCUCAUUUUCCUGGGCAUUUGGUGUGAAGUGGUCACCAAGUGGCAAGACAUUAGCAUAUUUAGGUCAUAAUUCUAUGAUUUACUUUGUUGACGAAGUUGGUCCUUCUCCAUUGGCCCAAAAUGUUGCAUUUCGUGAUUUACCUCUCCGUGAUGUCCUAUUUGUUUCUGAGAAAAUGGUCAUAGGUGUAGGAUUUGAUUGCAACCCAAUGGUCUUUGGAGCAGAUGAAAGAGGAAUAUGGAGCUUUAUCAGGUUCCUUGGUGAAAGAAAAUCAUCAUUUUCAAGUCCAAAAUAUGGUUCACAGUUUUCUGAAGCCUUUGGAAAAUUUUACAGCCAAUCAAAGGUUGCAGGGAGCAAUGACGCUGAUCCUUCAAAAUCACAUGGGGGCAUACAUGAGAACUGCAUAAAUUGUAUCAUGCCUCUUGGGAAAGCAAAGAGCUCUAAAAGACUGCGCUUCAGCACUUCAGGAUUGGAUGGAAGACUGGUUAUCUGGGAUUUGGAGAACCAGCAAGAUCUGUCUGAAUAUUUGUAACUUUAUGUAUUUUUCAUUCUUGUACCUUCUUAUAUAUCGAAAUAUUUGGGAUGCUGGAUUUUGCUUUGUAUAUAGUCCUUUGGAUGUCAAUAAUAGGUAAUUCUUUGAUGUCUUGUAGAAAUUGUACUAAAUUCUAGUAGUGGCUUUUUAUUGAAUGCCCAAAUAAAAAAAAUGUUUAUUUCGUUAA